GGGACUGUGUCAGCCCUGGUAGGGAGGUGUGUUCGUCCACCAAUGAAAGACAACAUUAAAAAUCCUUUUUAGGACUCAUUUGGAAUCUUUGCAUCUCAUCCUGUUGGACUCAGUUAAGUUAGAAGUCCAGAGGAGUCAAGCAUCAAUCAUGGGAACGUCUGCUGCAGUUUAAACAUCCUGAGCUGGAAGAGGUGAACUCUGAUUCCACAAUCAUGCCUUUCCUAACAUCCUUCAUCAUCAGUAUCACCACAUGGAUUGCUCCACUUCACCUCUGCUCCAGUCAGACACCAGGACAGCUUGGGACCACCGCCAACAUUAGACACAUCGUGAUUGGAAGGUGCUUCACCUACACCACCCUGAUCAACCCUAGCUUGAGAUUCGACUGUGAGGAGAUCUGGAGGCGGUUUGAGGAGGCGGUCAUCCAUCAGGCCUCCUGUAAUGUAACAGAGGACGAUUAUAACCAGGUGUUCCAUGCCAUGUCUCAAAUCCAGCCUUGUGACAGGUUUCUUUUCUGGAGUAAAACCAGAACUCUGGUGCACAGCUAUGCAGCUGUUGUCCCACAUUUCUGGACGCUGGAGGAUACGCUGGCUGGUUACAUGUUCAAUGAGCUCAUCUGGUGUGGUCAGGAAGAAGAUUCUGACUUUGAUUUUAAUUCUUGUCCGGAGUGGUCAGUGUGUAGAACUCAUCCAGUGUUCUCCUUGUGGAAGCGGGCCUCUCAAACCUUUGCAGAGGCGGCUUGUGGCAACAUCACUGUGUUACUGAAUGGGUCUAUUGUUAACGCGUUUAAUAGAAAAAGCAUGUUUGGAAGUGUGGAACUGGACAGCCUGAAUCCUCACAGAGUCAAAUAUGUCAACAUUAAAGUGGUGACCAACCUGGAUGGGCCACAGAUAGAAUCCUGCAGUCAAGGAUCCAUUGUAGACCUGAUCCACGUCCUCCGGUCCAGAGGGUUCCGCUGGACGUGUACAGACAGUGAUCCGACCCUGAUGAUCCUCCAGUGUGUGCAGGACCUCACACGACCCUACUGCCAGAGACAUGCAAGCAUCCUGCUGCAGCAACAGAAUCUUACAUCCAACUGAACUGGUUUAUUAUUGAAGCUCAGAAAGGGUUAAAUUAAGUUGAUUUUUAAAGAGAAACUUAAGGAUUUGCCUUUCUAAAUAUCAGAAACUUGCAUUCGUAGAAAUUGUGUUCAUUGAAGUCAUUUGAAGGUGUAAGGAGGAAAACCCUUUGAAAUGUGUUUUUAGUGGCACAAUUUUUAUGUUAUAAAUUAUUUUCACGUUAGUUUUAUGGUAAAACUGUUUUUUCUUCAAGUAAAAACAUUUUCUUCUAGUAAAAUACUGAUUUCAGUACAAAUGUAACCAUUAACAUAACUUAUUAUCGUAAAAGAACAACAAUAGUUUGCCAGCAUUUUUCCGGUACCAACCUGGCAACCCCCAGCUGCCGGCAUAUUAUCGUCAAUUCGACGAUUUUUUUUUUGUUUUUGUUUUUUACAGUGAUACUCGAUAAACUUGCAUAAAACCUCUGUCACAUCCAUUUUAAUGAUUCUACACUACUGCUGUGUUUUUUAUUACUGAUAUUUUUGUCUGCCAUUUUGAACAUCUCUCCGUUAUUCUAGCAAUAAUCCUGAAAUAUCCUCCAUGUAUCGUUAUGUAAUAUUGCCGACUGCAUAUCAAAAU